AUGGACCUGUCCCCCCCCUCUCCACGGGCCUGUCCCCUCUCCAUGGCCCUGUCCCCUCCCCACGGAGCUGUCCCCUCCCCGCUGACCCCCGUGUCCCCUCAGGACUGCCAGGAGCUGACGGACGUGGAGCGCGCCAUCGAGACGGUCAUCAGCCAAUUCCACUGCUACGCCGUUAAAGGCCAGAAGGAAUAUCUGACCCCCAACGAAAUGCAGGACCUGGUGGUGCAAAAACUGCCCCACCUGGGCAAGUGCGUGGGACCCCUGGAAGAGAAGAUCGAGUGCAUGGGAGACCCUAACGAGGCCAAGCUGGAAUUCGGGGAGUACUGGGACAUGAUGGGCGACGCGGCCAAGGGCUGCCGGAGGAAGUAGGAGGGCGGUGGGGACGGGAAGGCGCCCGAGGGCUUCGGGCUCUGCUGCUCCUGGAAGCGCCGGG